UGUGUGUGUGUGUGGUUUGUGUUUGUGUGUGUGUGUGUGUCGUUCAGCUGUUGGCGAGUUAUUUUAAUCCACUUCUGAAAGUGAAAGUAAAACUACAGACGAGGAAACAGAAAUGACGCGGCGAAGAAGAUCCUCAAUCAGCCCGAAUUUUGGGUUGCUUUCACUUCCUAUCCGUGGAGAAUGAUCAGGAUGUCUUUCAGACAGGAUUACACACCUGCACGCAUUUCUCUCUGUUUUCCAGGAAAGAAAAGAAAUACAUGAACAUAUUCUCCAAAGUGACUUUUACAUUUUAGAGGAUCUCCACGCCAAGCAGCUGACGCAUUCGCACAGUCCUGGGAUUCGAACCCAUCCCCUGAUCACUACAGUAGUCCACCAUGGCAGCAUGGCAUGCAUACGGAUCUCUCCUCUUCCUGGACCUGAUCCUCUGGCUCUCCCUGUGGACUGCGCUUCUCUUCUGUCAGGGCGCUUGGGUUGUGAACCUGACAUGGCUGUGGGCUUUCAGGGCUUUCAGCUGGGUUCUGCUUCACACGGUCAGUUCAGCCGCUCUGGACAAGACCAGACACAAUCUCCUGAAGCCCUGGGUCGCGUUAUUAUGUUACGCACCUCCUGUGUUUGAUAUGGCGCAAACACUAGUUUUCGGAGGCAGGUGUGGGUUUAGUCCUGUGCCCAUCCCCUGCAUGGUGGCUCUAAAUGCAGUGACUGUUACUCUGGUCCAUCUGAUGUGGGAUAAGGCGUUCCCUAGUAAAAAGGUGAAGAAAGAGCAAGAGGCCAGAGAUCUCUUGAUGAGAGUGAUUCAUUACUCAAAGCCAGACUACCUGCACCUGGGGACGGCUUUUUUCUUCCUUAUCUUGGCUGCUUUAACUGAGGCAAGUAUUCCAUACUACGUGGGGAGAAUCGUUGACAGUUUGAGUGGAGACUACAAGCACGACAACUUCAUGUGGGCCAUCGUGUGCAUGUCCCUUUUCUCCUUUGGAAGUUCUAUGUUCUCUGGCUUGAGAGGAGGCAUGUUCAUGUGUUGCCUGAGCAGACUAAACAAGAGAAUUCGACACAUGUUGUUUCAAAACCUGAUGAAACUGGACAUAAGCUUCUUUGAAGAAAAUAAACCAGGAAGCUUGACAUCGCGGCUGGUCUCAGACACUGAUAAAAUGGGUCGCUCCAUAGCUAUGAAUGUGAAUGUCCUCCUGAGAAGUCUGGUUAAGACAUGUGGCAUGCUUGUGCAGAUGCUCAGUCUAUCCUGGCAGCUUACACUUCUUACCUGUGUGGAGAUGCCUAUCCUAGCUGUCAUACAGAACUAUUACAACAUUCACUACCAGAAAACAUCACGGGAACUGCAGGACUGUCUGGCUGAAAUCGAGCAGCUAGCAUCUUCAGUGAUCGGGUCUGUAAAGACUGUGCGAAGCUUCAGGGCUGAGGCUCAGGAGCUGAAGAGGUACAAGGAGGCUCUGGACAGGAAGCUGAAGAUACUAAAACGCAAGGGCAUUUUCAGCGCAGUCCAUCUCCUUCUGCGCAGAUGUGUAACAUUGAGCCUAAGGGUGGCGAUGCUGCUUCUCGGUCGCCGUCUCAUCUUCUCGGGUCAGUUGAGUAGUGGCAGCCUCCUGGCUUUUGUUUUGUAUCAAAAAGACAUGGUGACCAACAUGAGGCAACUGCUGUAUGUCUAUGGAGACAUUCUGAACACAGUGUGGUCAGCAGAGAAGGUGUUCAAUUUGCUGGACAGAAAAUCGAACAUGCAAGAACCAGGGGAUUGGGUCCCCGAGAAAUUGCAAGGAAGAAUUACCUUUGAUAACGUCACCCUCUCUUACCCUUCUCGCCCCGAAAGGAAAGCACUUAAGUCUGUGAGUUUAGAGCUUAGUGCGGGGAAGAUGACAGCACUGGUUGGACACUCCGGUGGUGGUAAAACUUCCUGCGUCAGUCUGCUGCAAAGGUUUUAUGAGCCUCAGGAGGGAAAAGUGCUACUGGACAAUGUACCACUUAAUGAAUACCAACACCAAUAUCUGUGUAGCCAGAUGGCAGCUGUGUCCCAGAACCCAGUGCUGUUCUCUGGCUCUGUGAAAUACAACAUUGCAUACGGCCUACGUGACUGCACUAUAGAGAGGGUGAAGGAGGCAGCGAAGAAGGCCAAUGCACAUGACUUUAUUUGCAGACUGGAAAAAGGCUAUGACACAGAUGUUGGAGAGUGUGGUGGACAGCUGUCCUCAGGACAGAAGCAGUGUAUUGCUAUAGCCAGAGUGUUAAUCAGAAAUCCCAAAAUCCUCAUUUUGGAUGAAGCUACCAGCAACUUGGACAUCAACACACAGCAUGCGAUUCAGGAAGUCCUCGCUGGAUCAAAGGGUCAGACAGUCCUGGUAAUCGCUCAUCGCCUGAAGACCAUUGAGAGAGCUGAUCACAUCAUCUACAUGGAGGACGGGAUGGUUGUGGAACAAGGAACGCACGAGCAGCUUAUGGCUGAAAGAGGACGAUAUUUCAAACUCAGGGAAAAACUGUUUGCAGUGGAUUCAGACCAAGAUUGAGCAGAUUCAUUACCUUUAAGGAUGGAUUUGUAAGUAUGAAUGAUAGGUGAAUCAGUUUGAAAUUGAGAUUGAUUUCAAAUUAUUAUUUUAACAUCUGAAAUUAAUUUGGAUUAUACUACCGAGACCUUUACAUAUCUAGCCACACAGAAUUCCAUUCAGAGCUCAGGUGCCAAUCCAAUAACCCAAGGAUAGUUGGAUCAUGUCUCUGGCUUUGCAGUUUUCUUCUCCCUGGCCAACAAAUAAAUCAACUGGCUGCUACUUUAAUAAGCAGUCACCAGCAAUUUUCACACUCAUUUAUCAACUAAUGAAAAUCCCUAUGUAGCUUUAGUUGCUACGUGAAGACUUGAAUGAAACAGCCUCCCCUUUGUUCUUGGGGUGAGUCUAGACAAAUAUUUUAAAUUUCAUAGUAUUUUUAAAAAGUGUUGCUUGUUCCCCCUCCCCCCCUGCCAUUUCUACUGAAUGCAUGACCUAUAUAGAGCUCACCAUUCAUCACUCGCUUAUCAGUGGAAUACCAAAGGUUUGCAAACAUAGAUUGACAAAUAUGCACAUGAUUAAGCUUGGAUGUUUAAUCCAAAGGUUUUUAGUAUUCUAUUUUUGUAGUUCUAAUGGUUUAGUGCAAUUUCUCCUCAUUGUUUCUCUUUUUAUUAGCACCCAAUAACUUCAAUCUUUAUUGCUUUUUUUUUUAAACAGAAAGAUGUUAUUCCCAGACAAAAUAAUUAUUUCCAGUUGUAUAAAUAUUGAAAACAGUAUGUCAUGUCCUCAUUUAGGUCUCAAGAUGUUAAUAAAUGAUGAAGAAACAAACAAAAAAUAUAUAUUUGGCAACAAUUAACAUCAAUUAAUGCGAGUUAAUAAUUAACUACAUAAAAAACUGUUGGUUGCAUUGCCUACUAUACAUUGCUAAACAGGCAGUUUCCAUAACUAACCUAUUUUUGCUAGCUGGUCACAAGGACAAAAUGACUUUCUUAGUACAGAAUGUAAAACUGCAUUUGCAAAAAUAAAUACUGUAUGUGCUGCUCGUAGUCUUCACCACACUCAAAAAACACUGGACAAGACAAAAAACAAAGUUUUUUGAGUCAAAAAUUAAUAAACCAUCAUUAAAGCUGCAUGUUAAUGCUUGUCCAUGAUUUAAAAGCAGCAAAAUGUUGGUGCACUUAAUCUAUGAAGAUACUGAAAACAGAUUGUAUUUGUUUGAAUUUUAUUUUCUUUACAAAGCAAAAAUUUGCAUGAGUGGAUAGGUGUUAGCAUGGUACAGCAUUGCCAGUGAAAUGUUACAACAGCUUUGCACAUCCAGCCCACUUUCAGUUUUAUACAAUGUACAUUAUAUAACACACACUAUGUAAUAUGGCAUU